AUAUUUUUUAGCUGCAUAGGGGGGGGACGCCAUUGCUAGUGGAGGUUGUACAUACGCGUGUGACAUUGUAGGGCUUAGAGUGCAGGACAAAAUAAUACUGCAAUGUACCGAAAACUUAUUUUAUACUCUUCUAGAAGUAAACGUGUUACUGGUUCAGUCUUUGAAACAGGUUUAUUCAGUCCUAAAGACAGCAGUGUGUCCACGAGUAAAAUCCUAGCCGUGCAUAUGAGAGUGGUGGCCUUCAGCACCACAACUGCGAUCUCAAAGGAGAGAGAAGAGGCUUCUGGUCCAGAAGAGGUGCAGAGCACCACCAGUGAGAAGGAGCAGGGAAAGUCUGGGAAAGAGAGUCUGUUGGACCUCUUAGGAGCCAUGAAGGUAGAGGUGACCACAAAGAAGAAAUUCCGUGGUCUGAACGUUCAGAAAGGCAAAGAAUUUUCCAGAGAUGCUCCUGGAGCACUUGAGAGUGCAACCAGCAUGUUCCAGAAAGCUACCAGUCACAUAGAGUCCCAGAGUGUGACCUUGAGUCCAGAGCUGGUUGCUGCUGCCUCUGCUGUUGCCUCCUCAAUGCCCAAUAAGAGACAAGCUGAAUCGGAACUCCUUCAGCAGCUGAGAAAACACGAGUCUGUAUCAGACGUUCAGAGGAAAGGACAGACAAAAAAUAUCGGGAACAUCAUUGCUGACAUGAAGAUUGGUAAGCGUCCCAACAUACGCGCCAGUGCCAGAGCAGCCAAUCAGAUUCACUUUGAUGAUGAUGGGCGGGGUUAUAUCCAUGACAGAGGUGUGAACAGCAAUCUUGAAGGUGUGCGCAACAGGAAAGGCUUAUUUGUUGGCAAAAGACUUAACAUCUUCCAAGUUCCCCCUGACACAGCAGAAUUAGAGCCCAGAGAUUCCUCUCCAUCCUUGUGGGAUAUGGAGCUGGCCAAUCAGAUCGCAGCGGUGACCAAACAUCCACCUCGGAACGGCUUUGAGGAGAUGAUCCAGUGGACUCAUGAUGGGAAGCUUUGGCGGUAUCCUAUUAACAACGAAGAGGGUCUAGAGGAGGAAGCUGACAUCCCGUUCCAUGAGCACGUGUUCCUAGAGAAACACCUGGAGGAUUUUCCAAAGCAAGGCCCCAUCCGUCACUUCAUGGAGCUGGUGAUCACUGGGCUGUCCAAAAACCCCUAUCUCACUGUCAGACAGAAGACAGAGCACAUAGCUUGGUUCAGAGAGUACUUCCAGCAGAAGGAGGACUUGCUGAAGGAGGCCGAAGUCUACCUCAACUGACAGUUUUGUUGAAUGCUGUUGAAAACGGCACACUCAGCCCAGGGUUAAGAAAUUCUAUGUCUCUUCUUUCUCCGAUUUUCACUGAAAACAUUUCAAAGACUUCCACAUGAAGCCUAACCCUCUAAUUAGAUGUAACAAUCCAGUUAGAUGAAGAAGCCCAAAGAUUAACUUAUUUAAGUAAGAGAUCUUAUCUUUACACCUGAGUUUUGAUUUUCAGUUGCAUCACAUCAAUAAGACCUAAUUUUUGUCAUGCUCCGUAAUUUCCAAGAAAUCUGAAAAGAAGCAAGAUUUACCCCCUUCCUUCGGUGCAAACUACACUUAAGGUAGAUAUACCUCCAGAAGUUAGAUUCUGUAGGUUAGUGCUACCUUUCAUUUUCUGCUGUAAUGUGGCAUAUAUGUUGAUAUGAGAUUUAAGUAGAAUCACAGAUUUUUACAAGAGUAAUUUUGAGGCUUUAAACCUUAGUCCAGGACUAAGAUUAAUUUAAAAUGCCGGAAUCCAUUGACAGGAGUCAUAGUUGUUGGCAAUCAAAAACACUUUUGUCAUUCACCCCAUUUGGAAAGCUUAAAGGUCCAGCUAGUUGAGAAAGCAGAUUUUCUGGUGUCUGUUUGCACUUGUAGUGUUUAAUAAAGCAUCUAAAUCUUAAUUUGUACAUGGGAAAAUAUCAUGAAUUUUUUUUUAGCUGGGUUAAAUUCCCCCAAUCAAUGUGGAGAAAUCAGUUCUCAGUUUUCUGUCUCUGCUUGAACUGUAUUAUUUUCUGCUAUCAUUCUUUUGUAAUUUCCUGUGAGGGAAUUGCAUCAGACUGCCCUGCGUCAUCUGAACAUGUAUCGUCAGACUAUACAAAAUGGACAGUCUGUAGUUGCUUUAUGAUCAGCCAGUAAACUAAUGACAAGAACAUCAAUACUGUAACUGUUAAUUUAUUUCCCCAGAUUCCAGGUAAUCAGCUGUUACUCUUCUCAUUUGUACUUUCCUGUGCUGAGGUGAGAUAAUUAGAUAAUGUGCAUCAAGGAAGCAGAGGAAACUCCCAUUGCAUAAGAGAAUCGAUUCUUUUCAUGGUUUGUGAAUUCAGAGUUUGUCCAGAAAUUCUACCAAUCGGAUAAAAAAGCAAAUAUUUAAAAUUAUAACUUUGUGUCUAGCUGUGCACUAAUACUGAAGGGAGCAAUCCCUAAAUAUCUAGCAUUUGAGUUUGUCUUAUGCAAGAGCCUCCCUCCAGCGUGCUUUGGUUCAGGAAUCUACUUUGUGUCCUUUUGGUCUGGGGGUUAUCUCUUUUUUGCUUGGCAAAUUGGAAUGAAAAUAUGUACAGCCUUGGAAACUAUUAGAGAACAGGUACAGCUGGAUACAGGAGUUUCUGUUGUGUAUCAAUAGUAGCUUUUCUCUGAGGUAAAAGUCUUGUAGCAAAUUUGAAAGAUAAUGUGAUAUUCUUGAUUAACCCUCAUAGAACAGAUAAGGAAAGUAAUGCCUAUUGCUACGGUGGACCUUAUUUUAUGCUGCCUAUGUUGAUAUUUGGCCUUAGCUGCAGUGAUCAUAUUCGGCAAUGUCUGGAUGGAAAACAGGCAUAAUCUCAUAUUUUUUAAAACAUUCCUUACCGUGUAGGUUGGUUUCGAAAUAAACAAUUUGCUACUCUUAAAUACAAUCUUUCUUAAUUUUCUGCAGUUUUUUUUCACAUCAGUUUAGACUAAUUGGAAAUGGGAUUUUUAAUGUAUUAUUUGUUAUUGGGUGGGCAAAGGAAGUUGAGUGAAAAAUUAAAAUUGUAACAGUUCUGUCUUUCCUUUCUUUCCGGCCCUUUGGUGGUUUUCCCAAGCCUUUUGAGAUUUGAAUUUCCAAAAAAGAAAGAAACUGUGGUAGCUUGCAAACAAAUGGGAAACAAUUUGCUUGAGAACACAAAUAUGAAAUAAGAUAGCAGCUAUGAAGGCUGCCAGUUUGUUUUCGCACAUAAUUAAUUAUCCACGUGCAAAGAAAGAUACUGGCUUGUUCUAGCUCAUAAUUAAUCAAUUAUCCAAAAUUGAGGGUGGCUUUGUUUUCUAGCGUAGCAUGAUGCCUGUGACAGCCCUGUUGAUGUUUUUCUUGAAGGGGAAAUGUGAAAAUAUUUUAGAGAUGCUAAUUUCGCCAAUGCGCUACACAGCUGCAGAAAAAUGAAUAAAAAGCAUGAGCUCCCUGGCCAUCUACUUAGGUUAAUACCUUUAAUGCCCAUUUAACAGAAUAUGUUUGCUUAAAACCAAAGGAGCCUAUACUCCCAGAUUUUCAGUUCUAAGAUGUUUUGUGAAAGCACUUUAGCUAAGAGUACAUCAUGUAUUAGAAAAAAUAUGGUUUCGUGAUUUAUCAGAGUACAAUGGAAGAGGUAUGGACCAAAAUAGCUCUUCAUCUUAUGUUUGGCCCAUGUUUGUAAAGGAUGUAAUGUGCACUGCAUCUCUUUUAAGUGUUCCUUCAUGAAAGGUUGUUUUUUUCUUCCCUGAUGAGACAUUGUUAGUCACACACACUGGAGGUGCAUCAUGUUUCAUUAGUCCAGACCUGCUCUUCUGGAGAAUGCUUGAGAGAACCAUUACAUGGAGUUUACCAUCCAAAUGUCCCCCUUAGUUCCUUUAUUUUGGUGAUCUGAAGAUCUCAUUGCUCAUCGAUGCUGCUAAGGUAUAAACAUUUUAAUGCACGUCUCCAUUUGUUCAUUUUCCCUUUGAUAUUGGUAUUUGUCUGAAAUGAUACAAUACUGCAUUUAAAAUAAUUGUACUUGCCACAUUACAAAAAAGCAGGUAUCUCCAGUGUUUGAAAGUGAUAAAAGAUGGACAAUCAGGAUCAAUCCUUGAUCCUACUUGGGAAUGACCAGAAAAGGAGCCCUGUCUGACUAUUCACAAUACUGAAAGGUACUAACCAUUUCAAUACAAAGUACCAAAAUAAAAGUGGAAGCUGAGUGUCUUAUACAUUUAGGAAAAUUAAAAGUACUUUUUGAAAUAGUUGUUGGUGCAUGAUUACGUGUUCAGUCAUAUUUAAGGGUACUGAUUUUCUGGGAUCUUUCAAGAUCUAGUUGGAAAGAAGCCAUGGAAUGAAAGGACACUGGACUCCCAUGUGUUUCUAAUGUGUCUCAUGUUGCACUUUAAUCUAGCAAAAUCUUAACCUUUUUUCCUCAAAUAAUAUGCAUACAAUUCCUGUGGCUCAGGUCACACAGUUUAUCACUUUAUAAAUUGAAGUGAAAUGACCUCAUAAUUUGUCUCAUGCAAUUAUUAUUAUAAUUAAAUGUGUUGAAGAAUAUUAAUCACCUCACUGCUACGAUUCAUAGUGUGAGCUGCGAACUCUCUUAAGCUUUAUUAAUAAAGGUAUUAAUUCAAGAACUUAGAACCUUAUUGGAGCAAAAUUGAGAUUGUGUAUGUGUUAAGGGACAGGAUGCUGAAAUGAGGUGAUUUAAAAUUCAAAACACUUUAUUAAUAGCAGGCUUCCAGGUACUACAAUGAUUGAGGUGUAGGAAACCAAAGACGUACCGACUGACUGUGCUUUUUAGGAUCAUUACUCAUAAAACUUGAGAUAAAGAGCUGGUUGUUUUUAUGUAAAGAUGAUCUUUAUCUUGCUUUGGAAACAUAUCACUAGAUGCAGAUGACAAUUGUGUUAGGAUGGGUUGUGCCAUGACAUCAUAACGGAGGAAGUACGAUGUUUUUUUAGAAUUAAGUGCUAUUCAUCAGUGCACCACAUGGUGGCAGUAUAGCCUAUGAUCUUUUCAAGCUUUGAUUGGCCUGCGAAGUGGGGAAAAAGCAUUAGAAUACCUGUUUGAUUCUCGAUGACACGCAGUGCCUCCCUGGCAUGAGAAAUUGAUGGUGUUCUGCUGGGUUUGUAAAAAUAGAAGGCCAUCAUUCAAAAGCACCUCUGUGGUGUUUAUAGGCUAAAAUUAAGAGUAGCCCAGAUAAUUACACACAUGAGGGGACUUAACGCCAGCAAAAGAAAAGGCCUCCGUCAAGAAAGUCUAGACAUUUUUUGCACAAAUUGAACACCCAGGCACUCAGAGAUUUGCUGGAGCAAUCUUCCCCAAUCAUAAACUGUAUCUCAAUGAGAACUACGAAUAUGAUUUUAAAAAAAUCAUUGUGGGAAUAUGCAUUUUAGUUGGUGACUUGGUUUUUUGUUUAAACAUAGGAUGCAUGUCAUUUAGAACAGGGAGAAGUUUAAAUCUGAAGGCCUUAGGAGCUGAAAGUCCUGCUUAGAUUAGAUCAUGCACUACAAAAGCCAAAAACAUGUUUUGGUUAAAAUCCUGGCUGGAAAUAUUUGAACUUGAAUUGUGUAGCCGUGGUUUAAUGAACUGACUGAUAGAAUGGUUUUUCUGUAAUUGGCACAGAAACACAUGAAAAUGUUUCACUGGGGGGGGGGGAAUUUCCAAAGUCCUAAUUGUUUAACCUUACCUUUUUAAAUACAACAAUACUAAAAAUCUGGUUAUCCAUUGUCCAUUUUUUAUGAAUUCUUGCAUUAGUUUUGGGAACUUUAAGUUAAAAACAGUUGAAACUGUUUUCAAAAGGCUGUGACCUUCUCAUUAGGACUCUUAAAAGAAUUAUUCAACUUCACAACAUUAUGAUUGUACCCCCAUAUAAUAUUCCACUGCUUGACCUCUCUUCUGCAAGAUUCUUGAUUUUUUUUGUUGGAUGGGACAGAUGUAUAAUAGUUUCAUGUAGAAUCCAAACUACAGUAUGUGGUAUUGUAUGUCAUUUUUCAUCCAGACAUUAAUUACUACCCCACAAAACAUUUGAAAGUUUCAAAGCCAGGAGGUACAGGAAGGAAACAACCCAAUGAUUUCACUCACCAUUUUGGAGAUUAAUCAUGAUGCAUGUUAUGGUGAAACAUUGUCUCCCAAUAUGUUUCCCUUUUAUUCAGUGUAGUGAACAGUGUGGUCAUACCAGAAGAGUACAGUUUGAAGGCUGAGACAGCCUGUUUAGUGAAGCAUGAUGCUCUUCAGUCACGUGCGUCACUCAAAUGUUUCCCCCAUCAUUUCCUUUCUCAUUCAGGUUUAUUGUGUUGCACAGGUGCCAAGCUUUGCCCUGGAAAAUAAGAAUGAAAUUCAAGGAAACCAAUUUAAGAGAGACACUCAGUAUAUACAUAAAUAGCUAAGUGAAGACAAAAGAAUAAUGCCAAUCAUAUAAUAUUCUGUUUUGUCAGCUGUUAGCCAUCAAAAGUUUAAAAAGUCUCAAGAUUACAGUAAUGACACUGUGUACAACUGUGAUGUAACAACAGUUUGACACUUUUCUUUUUUUGAAAGAGUAAGGCCCUUAGAUACUGGCAGUCUAUAAGGAACCACUUCUGAGGACCUGGUAAAUUGUUAAAGAAUACAGAGCUUUCCAGUUAAAGCUAAUUUGGUUGCUUUUGUGGUGUCAUAUCUUGUAACAGUAAGAAAUCAAUAAUGCCAAAUAGUUUGUCAACAGCAGCACCCAAUCCUUUAAAGUUCUAAUUAUUUUUUUUAGGAAUAAUUUGCAUGGUGUCCAGAAAGCUUUUUUUUAAAAAAACAUUAAUUCAGAAAUCUCAGCAUGAAAAGUGAGCAUAACUGUUCAUCAGCAGGAUGUUAGCAGUACAAAGCAUUCCAGACAGAUCUUAUUUUCAUACGGGCAAAAAGCAAAACACUGCUUCUCCUCAAAUUCACUUUCGUCUGGAUGAAAGGCCCUGCUGUGUGGUCCCUGGGAGUGAAAGCUCUUGUGUUUGACCUACAUGUUGGUCCAAUAAAAUGUGUCAAAUGUUCCUUGUAAA